AUGGAGCCUUUGGGGCAGCCUCAAAUGAUCGGGGUCGGGGUAGGGGUGAACUCACUGGAGCGCGAUCGCCUGGUCAAGGCGAACAUCCUGUACAUUGACGGAAGAGACCUGCGUCGGAGUCGAGUCUUGGACUACGCCCCACUGGGUCGAAAUAUACAGGAAAAAACACAAGAAAGUUUAAGUGACGAACCUAUCGCCAGGAGCAACAACGACAGCCUCCUCUCCCGUUACGUGCUCGAAAUACUCGUGUUUUUGUGCAACUCAGACUCCCGCUUCUACGCCAAAAAAUUCGGAGUUCCCACACUGGACUAUCGGAAAUCCCUCCAGAAUUGCAAUAAAGAGACCGCUGCUGGGGCGCUGCGCACACCACCUUAUACAAUCGAACAGACUAUUUGGUACGUGGUGAAGGGGCAAUAUCGGUUUCAAACAGAAAGCAUGUACAAUCAGCUGGAGGACGUGUGUGUCAGCAUUUUGAACUUGUCUCUCAUGGAAGCCCCACCUGGCAGCCCUUCCCUAGGCCCUGACGUUUUGCUUGCUUCUCUCGACGAGUAUCACUCCCGCUUAUUCGCGAAUUACUACAAAUGGUGCGACUACUUGGGGGCGGCACCUUUCCCCUGGAGGUCACCGCCUUGGCUCGAUGAGAGCGUUUGCGCAAAAGAUGCUGCGCUGGCCGACGGCGAGGAUCGCGACGGCGCUGCUAAUCCGACAACGGAGAUAUUUUCCCCAGAGACGCGUCAAGAACUCCAGCAGAUGAUGUUUGAGGUCGCUACAUUUAAGCUGCUGUGGGCAGAGGCAGCAAACCUUCGCCAUACUCCUGAGCUCCUGUGCUGGUUGUUUCACUGGUUUUGCAUGGCGUGGGACAAGGAGUACAGACCUGAAGAGGAUUUCAUCGACUUGAUCCGUGACGUCAUUCAACGAAUCCGAGACGAACAAUGGUACAUGGCAUCGUCUCUGCGCACCCCUGACCACAAUGCGCGACUGAUCUACGACGACUUCAAUGAACUGUUUUGGAGCCGUCAAUGCCUUGACAUCCUUCACCGACGCAACGAAGAGACAGAUGAUUCUGAACAAGAAAGUACACACAAAGUUCAAAUGACUCACCAGUCAGCUGACAGAAUGUUCUCGUCAGAUUGCCAACGCGCCUCAAACCCGAGACCCAAGUCUCAACAUAAUAAGGACUGCUUGAUAGGACUAACCGUAUCACGAGAAAACUUGAAUGCUGUAGUGGCCGAACUCUCCUGCGCGUCAAAGCCUGGAUCUGGAGUCAAAACCUUCGUGGAGCACAGGACCUACGCACAACGCGUGCCUCUUUAUGUUCAGGUUUUGCGCAACUUUUGGCGUGUAUUCGCGUGGCACGUGACCACGUUUGCUGGCAUUUUCCUGCUCUAUGCUGUACUGGAUGAAGAAUCGUCCUACUCUGCACAAAAGCAGUGGGCUGUCAUGACUCUGACGGCUACUUUAACAUAUGGGAUGCUCCCUGUCUUUGACUUAAUGCUUGUUGACUAUCGGACUCUAAUGAGGCCGCAGUGGUGGCAGCUCGCAUGGAAACGCGUUCCAAUCCAUUCUGCAAGAAUAGGCUUUGCGCUAGCGGCUCUUGUGACAGUGGCAAUGGACGGACUUGAUUCCGCUCACCUGCAGUGGACUGGUUACAAUCACAAACUUGAUGAGUUCUCCCCUCACUGCGCUUUAGGUCUUUUGAGCAUUCUGUACUGGGCUUUCUUCGUAUGCCAUUGGGCUCACUAUUUUCUUUACGUGCGCGUUCAAGACCGCAUGCCGUUCUUUGUUUUGCUGUGGAGCAACAAGUGGUUGGCACCCUUGAGCAAGCCUUCAACCUAUACUGGCAGUGUGCCACUGCUAGCCGAGAACUUUACAGACGUGGUGAGCCAGCUUGUGCUUGCGACGUCGGAGCUGCUCAGGGCUCGCUUUAUAUGGUUACCAGCAUUCCUCAUAUGGCUCUUCGACAUGCAGAUCUUCUUUCUGUUGUUUGGAGCUUUUUACGGAAGCAUUGACGGCUACAUUCGGCGGGUUGGCUACAUAACAAACUGCCGAAAGAUCCAGCAGCGCCUCCUGCCUAUGCUACCUCUCACAGCAGUCUUCCGUCUACCGGGAGAUAAAGCGAUGGAGGGCAAACACCUAUUCAAAAGUAUGCCCUCUGGAAUAAAGCAGCUACCUGGAGCUCUGCAGGCUCGCCGCUCAAGCAAUGUGGAUCGGUACUGCCGCCGGGGGACCCUUUCUAGGAUGCCCACAAGUGCUCGCGACCAACGACAGUGGUGCGCGCCACCACCUGCAUUCGCCCUUUCAGGCGCGGCUAAUGACUUUCGCGGUCUUUCUGCGCAAUAUGCAAAUACCGGUGACCCCUACGUGAACAUGGUGCCUCAUAUGAUGGCCCAGACAGUGACUGGGGCAGAGUUUUCAAGCGCAGAUAAUGCAAAAGUCAAACGUGACCAAGCUGCCAUGAAGAGGUUUGGAUUUAUUUGGAAUGAGAUUAUACAGAGUUGGCGCGACGAAGAUAUCAUAUGCCACGCUGAACAAGAAAAGCUCGAGUUUAAUGAGUUACCCCGCGUGCUGCUGGAAGCAAACAGCCUGGCAGAUUUGUACUUAGACCGUGGAGGUGCGGUGUUAGACUGGCGUCAAUCGAUUGUACGCCACCCCGUCUACGUCUAUUGCAACGAACUAUCUGGCUUUCUGAAGAGCUGCGAGGACUUUCACUUCCAGGCAAACGGCGACAUGCUCCGUCUAUGCAGCAAACAACAGUUAGCUAAGAGUUUUUACCGCGAGUACUUGUCAGCAGACCCCAGCGCGAGGCAUCCUAAGUUUGAAAAGUCGAUGCACCUGCAAGCUUGCCAAGAAAUCGCUGAGGCUUUGAUGCUCUACCUUGCACGCUACUUCAGAGAAGGCCGUCAGCUGGUUUGGGCGAUGGGAGAGUUGUGGUCAUGGGUAGACAAAGAUUGCACUAGGUUAUUGUGGCUCAACCUUAAAGGCCUAAAGCCUCUCUCCAGUGCACUGCAUGAUGUUUUCUCCCUUGUGCAAAAGGCCAGCGUUUUGGACCCGAGUCACGCAGAGUCCUUGGCAAAAGCAAACGCACAGCUAAAAAAGACAUUGCUUGCAAUGAUCAUGUUGCCAAGCAGUGAACCAGAAGAACUCGGUGGGACGAACAUCCCACUACCUGUGCAAGAGUAUGUGAAGGCCGUAAGUGUUUGCUUCGGUUCGCACUCGAUGAUUAAAGAUAUUCCUUCGAUAUUGCCAGCUCCCCUACAGCGCGCUGAAGUGGCGGUCAUGAUUGAACAGCUCGAAAUAAUUUUGCAGCAUACCUCUCUGUUACUCCUUUCCAGUGAAGAAGAAAGGGAUUCAGUGAAUGCCGGUGACCUACCACUGCUUCCUGAAGAACUGGCGGAAAUGCGUGCACUUCACGCGCAACUUGGCGAAGCGGACGCCAGCGUAGUUUUGGGAGAUAACAGGUCGCAAAGUGGAAGGCCCCCUGACAGAGAGCCAGCAGAGUCAAGGAGGACUGCAGUGGUGGAACACGGGCUUAGGAUGUUUUUUCGGAGGGCUGCACGCAUUCUUAAGGCUGACGACCCAUCUUUCAAAUGUGCCGAAACUCAACGAAGGUUCGGCACAUUUGUGAAUUCUCUUCUUAUGAAAAUCCCCGAGACCCCUCUGGUUCGCAAUAUGGUUUCGAUGAUGACCUUAACACCGUACUACAGAGAAGAUACGCGCCUCGACUUGCAGGAUCUGGAGAAGCGAACCGAUGAGGGAGUGUGCAAGAUGGAUCUCCUCCGCAGUCUACACCCAGUUGAGUUCGACAAUUUCAUUGAGCGAGUUGACCGCGACAGGGACAUGUUCACCAUUAGACAAGAAAUAGAAGAUAGGGUUACGGAUUCACCUGAACGGCGCAAUUUAGCCCUAAGAGACAUCCGCACCCAAAUGCAGCAAUGCGGGCUGCUCCAUCGAUACGAUCGAUUCUGCGAAAUGCUUCAAGAGUGGGCAUCAUACAGGGGCCAGGUUCUCAUGCGCACAGUUUACGGCAUCAUGUAUUAUGAGCAAGCUGUUCGAAUGCAGGCAUGUCUUCUGGGUUCGGCGCCCACAGAAUGCCGCAGCUCGCAGUACCGGAGAAUGAUGAGUCGUUCGCAAAACAAGCUUUCAGCUUUGCCUAACCUAUACAUUCCUGAGCUCGCCCAACUGAAAUAUCAAUAUGUGGUUGCUGCCCAGGAGUUUGGGGCGGACCUUGCAGCACAGCCGCCGACAGGCGGGUGUGAGCCUUCCCCGUUGCUGCGUGCUCAGCUGCUUAGAAAGGUGGCCCUUUAUAAGCUUUUAGUACGCUACCCAACCCUGCGGAUCGCAACGCUGGAACAUGAACGCACUCCCGACGGCAGGCCUACAGGUCACAAACUCAGUGUCCUUUACCGGCUGACCGCCGACAUUGAUCCUACUGGACAGCGAAUUUCCUCUUUAAAUGCAGCCGCCAUGACAGAGAUGAAGACUGCAGGAAGGUUCGUUAGGUCGGCAGAUGGAGAAUUGGUCCCGGCGCACAUUCCCAAUCUUUUAAUCCCUGCACCGCGCUUACCUGUCUGUACGCCAGGAGCUAAUAUGGAAACAGGGUCUACCGUUACACUUAAACCCAGGUGCGGGACCAGCAGCAGCGGAGGCACUGGAGGGGAUCGAUCGGGCGAGGUUGCUUCUAGGCGCAGCAGCAAAUCGCCAUCUAAUUCUAUCAAACACCAAGUGUUGGCGGCUUCCGCUGAGGUGUCGCCUAGCACCUACGGGCGCGGCAUUGUUGGGAAAGUUGUGCAGGGCAUGACAAGGCAUCGGCAUGCAGACUCCCGACAGUACAUCCGCACAAGCAUUGUAGAAGGUACCCGUCAACUACUGAAAAAGGGGUUCCUAUGUCCUGAAACAGAACCAGCAAUCGGUGGUCCUAAAGCUAACGAGUUAGGCAACAGCGUAGAAGUCCACACGUCGGCGUCACCUGCGAAACCUGAAGUACAGGCACAAUCAAAUCCCCUGUUGGCCUCUCGAUUCCCUAGCAAGGGCGGGGGAGUGACGACAAGUGGAGGCGCUGGGGAUUUCGAGUCUAGGAUUGCGCGGGCUAUUCACUGGCUGCGCCAGAAAAAAGAAUGUGACCGAUCAUUAUUUGCAGCCCGAACAAAGAGUGCUUUUCCGUAUCCAACUUCUUCUCAACAAGGAACCAGAGAUCCGGAUUCGAAUAAUCGCUUAACGUUUGCACAUCCUGAGGCAGCUGGAGGGGCAAGGAAAACUUUCCUGUCCAUGUUGCAGCAAGGGCUGCCCGAUGGUCCUGAGGCAAAGCCAGCGGAGGCUGCCAGAUGCAUCGUCAAUUCGUUUGAAAGGACCGAUUUCACUGCUAUGAUAGUUGAGCGUUCAGGCGAUUCAGGAUCUGCAGGAAUCUCGUCUGCCAACAGACUUCAGACAGAGAUUCAGUUGCGUCAAGCUCCUCUUCAUAGCGCAAGUCCACGGGCUCCUCUUUCGCACAGAAAAGCUAGGGGGGGCAUCACGGCUGCCUCACCGGAAAAGGGGGACUGUGAAUACCCAAACAACCUUCCGGCUCAGCCGAACCCCCCUGACUCGAGCAUGAGCCGCUUCCAAUCGCAGAGAGACUCUGCGCGCCUACCACACUAUGCCCCUGACUGCUUGCCCAAUAUUGCUCCCACUCCAACGCUUCUGGAAGCCCAAUUUGCUCGCGAUUUGGCGCGCGAUUGCAUGGGCGCCACGUCAUCCGUUGGCUGUUCUGGCGAGCCCCAAACAGUAGCUGUUCCCCUUGGCUCUUGCCAUGACGAGGGAAAGAAAAGCAUGGAUUGCUCGGGUGAGUUUUUCGCGAGAGUCAUCCGCUGGAGGACUCAAACAUCAAUGCGGAAUGCUGCUUGUUGGUUGGAUUGGAGCAGCCCUGCUGAUGCACCAGGUGCCGAGCACACUUCAGGACUGAGAAGACACUCCAUCAUAACUCUGCAUCCUAGGCAAGAGAGCGCCUUGUUGUGGACUGCCUUGCCGACCACGGAAGCCCGCCGUUUGGAACAUGUGAACUCUACUGGAUGGCCUGAAGAAUCUUUGGUGGCUAGUAACAAGGACGCCGUCAAUGCUAACAGCCAAAAUAGAGUAGGAAUUGGGCGGCAUACACCUUCCGUUGGGGGGCUGCUCCAUCGCCACGAAGCCUUUCACCGAACAGAGUUCCAAGUUUCUCCUCACGCUUUGGAGGCAAGGAGCACACUGAGCAGGCAAAAUAACCACGAUUGGCAAGCCAACAAACGCCAGCCAGUUUCUCCCAUCGACUUGGGAGCAAAUGAAGAGAAGCACGACCCUCGCUCGAGGUCAUCAAGCACUGCCGCCCAUAGAAGCAACAGCGUCGGUGCUCUUAGGGAGAGGGGGUUGCUAACAAUGAAGGAGCGAGUAGCCUUCUUCGAAGACAAGCUGUCGCGCCACCAAGCGCUCAUGGAGGCUGAGGCGCAAAGCCUCGCUAGACUUAAACUCAACUCUAAUAAAGAAGAAAUGUUGUGGCCAUCACGGAGAGGCCCAUUGCGGCUAGAGGCGAUAUACAAGAUUCGGCUACCUUUGAUAGUAGACGAGUCAGGGACGCCGUGGGGUAGAGCUCCGAUCAUUGGCCCGGGAAAGCCUGAAAAUCAGAACCACGCCAUUGCCUUUUCGCGAAUGGACACUAUGCAGGUGAUGGACAUGAAUAUGGAGUCAUACCUCGAAGAAGCUAUGAAACUCCGUAAUUUGCUGCAGGAAUUCGCACUGAACGCACGCAUGCGGAUUCUAGGCUUCAGGGAGCAUAUAUUUACAGAGAACGUUUCAAGUUUGGCCAGUUAUAUGGCCCUGCAGGAAAACCUUUUCACAACAACCAACCAACGUUUGUGCGGAUGCACUAUGGUCAUCCUGACAUCUUCGAUCGUUUCUUCGUACAGACGUGCGGCUCUUGUUCAAAGGCUUCCAACGGAAUUAACCUCUCAGAAGACAUUUUUGCCGGUUUUAAUUGUACUGCUAGAGGUUAUUGUGUGCACCACGCUGACUACAUACAGAACUCAAAGAGAGGGCAGUGCGCUUGAUUCUGUGUGCACUUGGUGUGGAAAGGGGCGGGAUGUCGGUCUACAACAAGUCGUCAUGUUCGAAAAAAAGGUUGCUGGGGGAAACGGAGAACAAGUUCUUAGUCGGGAUCUAAAUCGCCUUGUUUCGAACAUGGACUUCUUUCGAGUGCUGUCUUUAUGGUUUACCGGCCCUGGGUUUUUCUUAAACUCUGUUAUCCUCGUUCUGGCUGCCUACGUGUGCCUGUACACAAAAUGUUUCUUGGCUUUUGCCAAGUACAACUAUAGUGGGCCGAUUGAAAGCGCUCUACAAUAUGUAUUAACGCCCUCCACAUACGUUCAGUUCCAGCUCGGAAUGCUGCUCGUCUUACCACUCAUACCGUGGCUGUUUCUAGAGAAGGGUCUUGGAUCUGCAUUGCGGAAACUUCUCGACCUCUUCAGCAAGUUUUCUGUCACCUAUUACAACUUCAUGAUGAUGACUGUGCAGUACGCUGGCCUUGAUGCUGGUGUUCUUUUACUCGACACUUGGCCAAUUUUGCUAAUGGCCGCUUCGAUUAUUUCUGUUCCCUUCAUCUUCAACCCCCUGGGAUUUUACUAUCCUAGACUGCGCCAGGACUUCACGAGCUGGAAUACGUGGCUGUCCUCCCAAGUAGGUCUUCCUUCUGGUCCCUUGAUGCGCUUGAGCAGCCAUAUUUCCAUCCAACGUGCGCCGGUGCACGCAGCAACAAUUGACCAUUUUCCUUGGUUGCAGGAAUUGGGUAUGCCAAAGGAAUCUGGGACAACAGUCCUGCUCCUGUGGCUCGUCAUAACCAAGAAAGUGUCGCUGGCAUCCAUCAUCGUUUCUUUAUUUGCUCUUUGCCUUUUUAUCUACGGGGCCCUCGAGAUGGCUUUCGCGCUUUUGGACCGGUGGGCAGUCCGCAGCGAAAUGCUGUCAGAUGUAGUCCGGAUGUACCACCGAUGCGCAGGAUUCUGCACGUUUGCCCCGCUGUUAGUCCUCUCAGCCAUUACCACCAGCGUGCAUCACCUGCAAACGCGAAUCCUGUUCAAUCCGACUUUUGUAUCCAUUGUUAAAAGCGGCCUGGUGCAGCGUGAACAAGUUGAGAAGAGUGGCCGUGGCCACAGCUGA